UCCUGGCCUCAGAAGGUUAUCCAUCCCUCUUGCCAACCACAGGGACAUAUUUAGACAGGACCAGGUGGGGACCAAGGGGUGCCAAUUCCAAGGGGGCAGCUCCAAUUCCCUCCCCGCCCCCUGCCGCUAUUCCUCCUCCUGACCCUUUUUCUCUUGGCUCUGUCGGCAGUCUCUCCAGGACUCAGCAGUGUCCUCUGUCCACUGCUCUGGGCCACUCCCCACCCCACCCCCACCUGGAGCCCCCCAACUCAGGAUUCUGUACCCAGGGGCUCCUCCCUCUUCCAACUAACCUCCUCUGGACCAGGAGAGCCCACCCAGCUCCCGCUACCUCCAUGAGUGCUACAGACAGAACGGGGGCCAGAGCAGUGCCCAGGCUGCGGCUGGCACUGCUGUGUCUACUGGUGCUAGGGGCACUCAAGUCAGGGGUCCAGGGGGAGGAAGGGCUGGACUUCCCCGAGUACGAUGGUGUGGACCGCGUGAUCAAUGUCAACGCGAAGAACUACAAGAACGUGUUCAAGAAGUACGAGGUGCUGGCGCUCCUCUACCACGAGCCGCCUGAGGAUGACAAGGCCUCACAGAGACAGUUUGAGAUGGAGGAGCUGAUCCUGGAGUUAGCAGCCCAAGUCCUAGAAGACAAGGGGGUCGGCUUCGGGCUGGUGGACUCUGAGAAGGAUGCAGCGGUGGCCAAGAAACUAGGACUAACGGAAGAGGACAGUGUUUAUGUGUUCAAGGGAGAUGAAGUCAUUGAGUAUGAUGGAGAGUUUUCUGCGGACACCCUGGUGGAGUUUUUGCUUGAUGUCCUAGAGGACCCUGUGGAAUUGAUCGAGGGUGAACGAGAGCUACAAGCAUUUGAGAAUAUUGAGGAUGAGAUCAAACUCAUUGGCUACUUCAAGAGCAAAGACUCAGAGCAUUACAAAGCCUUCGAGGAUGCAGCUGAGGAGUUUCACCCCUACAUCCCCUUCUUCGCCACCUUCGACAGCAAGGUGGCAAAGAAGCUGACCCUGAAGUUGAAUGAAAUCGAUUUCUAUGAGGCCUUUACGGAUGAGCCAGUGACCAUCCCAGACAAACCCAACAGUGAAGAGGAGAUUGUCAACUUCGUGGAGGAACACAGGAGAUCAACACUGAGGAAACUGAAGCCUGAGAGUAUGUAUGAAACCUGGGAGGAUGAUCUGGAUGGAAUCCACAUUGUGGCCUUUGCAGAGGAAGCUGACCCUGAUGGCUACGAGUUCUUAGAGACGCUCAAGGCUGUGGCCCAAGAUAACACUGAGAAUCCUGAUCUCAGCAUCAUCUGGAUUGACCCUGAUGACUUCCCCUUGCUGGUUCCAUACUGGGAGAAGACAUUUGACAUCGACUUGUCAGCCCCACAAAUAGGAGUCGUCAAUGUCACAGAUGCGGACAGCAUAUGGAUGGAGAUGGAUGACGAGGAAGACCUGCCUUCCGCUGAGGAGCUGGAGGACUGGCUGGAGGACGUGCUAGAGGGCGAGAUCAACACAGAGGAUGACGACGACGACGACGACGAUGACGACGACGAUGAUGACGAUGACGAUGACUAGUUGCUGUGGCAACCACCUCCCAGCCCCACGGGCUCUCUUCAUGUACCUUCCUGCCUUGUCCGCCUUACUCUUCCCUGAACUCCUCGGGGUGCUAGGUCUACAUAUUGGGUGCUAAGGCCCUGGUCCCCCUCAACUACUGAGGAAAGGAGCUACGUUUCUUCAGACACCAGCCCUUUCACUUUGACAUCUGUUUCUUAUGCUGUACCUUAUUUGUAUUUCCUAUUUCUCCCAUCACUCCCCACACUCUUUCCUGUGAUUCUCCUUUGGCUGUAUCUGUGGACCCCCAUCUCUCUUCUAUUCCUUCCAUGCAGUCUUCCUUGACUCUUCCCACACUCAGAUCUUAUACCCUUCUGGUGGUCCCACCCCUGGCCAGGAGGCAGGGAGGUACUCUAUUAGGGGCUCUGUCUCAACCAUCUCCUGUUAAUGUAUUUGGGUCAAAUGCAAGGAAGGCCUCAAUAAAGAA